AUGUCGAAGCUCAUAAAUUAUACAGAGGUCCAGAAACACACCUCGAAGGACUCGUGCUGGGUGAUUUUGUACGGCAAUGUCUGGGACGUGACCGACUUCCUCCCCAACCACCCCGGCGGGUCACAGAUAAUUUUGAGACUUGCCGGCAAAGAUGCCACGGACGAGUACGACCCGAUUCACCCGCCAGGGACGCUCGAAGAGAACCUUUCUGGGUCUGCGCGCAUAGGACCGAUCGACCCCAAGAGCCUGCCUGAGCCGGUGAAGCCGGCCAAAGACGUCGGACCGGCACCGGACACGGAGGCCGAGAUCGAGAAGCCGCUUCAGGCGAUGCUGAACCUGGAUGAGAUCGAAGAGGCCGCCACGAAGAAGCUGUCCAAGAAGGGCUGGGCCUACUACUACUCGGCCGCGGACGACUUGGUGAGCAAACACCUGAACAACACGGUUUACAGGCAGAUCCUGCUGCGGCCACGGGUGUUCGUGGACUGCAAGGACUGCGACCUCACGACGUCGUUCCUCGGGCACAAGAUGGAUGUGCCCAUCUUUGUCUCCCCCGCGGCAAUGGCUCGGUUAGCCCACCCGGACGGCGAAUGGGGCAUUGCGCAGGCGUGCAAGUCCUUCGGUACCAUCCAGAUGAUCAGCAACAACGCGAGCAUGACGCCCGAGCAGAUCGUCAAGGACGCCGAGCCGGACCAGGUGUUUGGCUGGCAGCUGUACGUGCAGACGGAGCGCAAGAAGAGCGAAGACAUGCUGGCCCGGAUCAACAAGCUGGAUGCCAUCAAGUUUAUUUGUCUGACGCUGGAUGCGCCCGUGCCGGGAAAAAGAGAGCACGACGAGCGAGGCAAGUUCGUCGUCGAAGAUACCUCGCAGGCGAUCAAGGAUGCUGGUGGCGCCGAGCUGAAAGGUGGUGGCGGGAUUGGCCAGUCGCUGUUCUUUGGGACGGACCCGACACUGACAUGGGUCGAGACGUUGCCCUGGCUGAAGAAACAUACGAAGAAGCCUAUCAUACUCAAGGGUCUGCAGUGUCACGAGGAUGCAUACAUCGCCGCCCAGCAUACGCCCCAGGUCCAGGGUAUUAUUCUCUCGAACCAUGGCGGUAGAGCGGCGGAUACAGCCCCGCCUGCUGUGCACACUCUGCUGGAGAUAAGAAAGUAUUGCCCAGAGGUUUUCGACAAGAUCGAUGUUGUCGUCGACGGUGGGAUCAAGAGAGGCACGGACGUUGUUAAAGCUCUCGCGUUGGGUGCAAAGGCUGUAGGCAUCGGUCGUCCAGCUCUGUUCGGCCUGGGUGCAGGUGGGAUUGCAGGCGUCGAACGAGUAUUCGAAAUCUUGAGAGACGAGACCGCCACUGCGGCGCGGUUACUGGGUGCGGCCCGGGUGACGGAUCUGGGUCCGCUGCACAUCAACACCAGAGCAGUGGAGCGGGAUAUCUAUGACGGGCCUGCAAACCUUCCCGGUCUUGAGGGCGCCAUGAAGGGUCUGUGGGUCAAGGCGAAGCUGUGA